CUGACUCUCUUGGUGUAGCACAUCCAGUCGAGAUGCUGCCAAGGCUUUGGGUUGUGACGAUCGCUCUCCUGUUCUUUGCCCCGUGCAUCCUGUGUACAAACCCGGGACUGAAAACAAGAAUUACACAAAAAGCCUUGAACUAUGCUCAGUCGAUUGGGAUGGCUGUGUUACAACAGAAGAUGCAACAGUUAAAGAUUGCAGAUAUAUCGGGUAAAACUAAAAAGUUUAUAGGCCGCCUCCAUUUCAGUUUCACAGGCUUUCGGAUUGUACAGUUUGGCUUACCUCAGUCCUCUGUGAAAUUCGUUGCUGGGAAAGGCAUCCAGUUUUCUGUCGCUGAUGGCUACAUUGGUGUGAGGGGCAAUUUUAGAGUAAAGAAGCGUCGUUUCUUUAGGAUGAGUGGAUGGUUUCUGGUAACUGUGAGCAGGGUGUCAAUAUCACAGACUGUAGGACUGACCCGGGACAAUACAGGCCGUCCUGCAGUGCGCAGCGUUGCCUGUUCUGCCAAUGUAGGUCGUAUGAAAAUCAGGUUCAACAAAAGCAAAAGAUGGUUGGAGCCGAUAUUCCGCGCAUUCGUUGAGAAACCUGUUAAGUCUAAACUUAGCAAGGAGAUUUGUCCACAAGUCUCUAGUGUCAUCAAUGACCUGGAAAAGAAGCUAAAGGACAUGAAAAUAUCUUUCCGCCUUAAUGACUUUGCUGAGGUUGACUAUUCCCUGGUUAAUCCAAUUGGAUUCACAUCCAAUAGCGCGGACCUGGAUUUUAAGGGUGAAGUUUUCAGAGUGGGACAUCGUAAAGAACUUCCCUUCAAGCCACCCCCAGUCAGCCUCCCCAGUCAAAGCAAUCACAUGUUGUACUUGGGAAUAUCCGAUUUCUUGGCUAAUUCAGCAGGAUUUGUGUUUCACGAAGCUGGAGCUUUGCAAAUAAAGGUUACUGAUGGUAUGAUACCAAAAGAUUCGCCAUUCAGAUUAAACACAAAGUCCUUCGGUAUAAUUAUGCCUCAGCUGGAAAAGCUCUAUCCUAACAUGAACAUGAUAAUGAACCUCCACACCACUAAGCCACCAGUUCUGAGGGCUGCAAGUGACGUCACCCUUCAAGCACUUGCUGCCCUUGACGUAUCAGCGAUCCUCCCAAACUCAUCCCUUGUAUCACUUUUUGGCCUGAACAUUGACACCAGCAUCUCUGUUAGGAUGAAUGUCUUAGGGAUGAAAGUGGUUGGGUCCGUAACGCUGAAUCGUCUGGGAUUGACUGGUGGACAUUCUAAAGUGGGCCCUGUUCCGGUGGAAGGUCUGGAACUGCUAAUCAAGAUUGUAGUAAGAGCCGUGGUGUUACCAAGGGUCAACGAGAAACUAGCCAGGGGAGUUCCACUUCCAAGUAUGAAAAACUUAGACUUUGUAAACCCUGUGCUAACGGUGAACCAGAACAUUCUGGUGAUUGCAACCGAUAUUCGUUACCGCCCAGGAACCAGCAGCCACUCCCAGCCAAAGCUUUGUGACAGGAAAAAAAUAGACAUCUGAUUGUUCUGAUUACCUGGCCACUUUUUAAACUGAGAUUUUAUUUAAGGCCACUACAUUUUCUCUGUCAAAUAUUGUUCAUUUCUAGCUUGAUAGUUUUUAGUCUUGUGCAUUGCAAACAAAAGCUAUCGUUAAGCUCCCUCUCCAGGUUUUUUUCUUGUUCUUUUCUCUUCGUGUGAACUUUUGUGUAAGACUUUUAAUAAGCAUAAGGAAGUGUUGCUAAAAUCUUCCUGUAUGUAUUGUUGGAAGAAUAUAAAACAAAAAUAACCAACUUUAGAGGAACCAAAUCAUUCCUCUAACAAGCGGUAGCAACAGUCAAGCUUUAUUAGUUUUGAUCUCAAUCCCUAUUUUUUUUUGAGAGGGCAUUUAAAAGAAACUUUUGGUGUGUCAACACAAUUUUUGUUUAAGCUUAACAAUUUGCAUGAGCGUCUGGAAAAAAAAAGAGUAAGUUCUUCAGUUUACUGUAUCUCCGUAUUGGAUAAACAAAGACUGCAUUCACUUUCUCACUGAAAAAAGCAGAUUCAAUUACUUUUAAAAGGACAAAUAAAUAACAAAACAAGGUA